AUGGAUUUCGAAGAAAAUUUUCUCAGGCGACAAAGCUCCAGUGAAUAUUUUGACACAGUAAUAGGACAUAUCGAGGAUAUCGUUAUUGGGCAGGAAUUUCAGAGCAUGGUGAACCAAUUCAUGGAGUGCUACUACUACGAAUUCGAGGCGAGUGAAGAGAACAAAAUAGUCUACACAGAGAUUUAUCAAAAGUAUACCAACAUGAUCGAGGCGCACAUCGUCGAAAAUCUCAACCAAAAGAUGAGUUGCUUCGAUAUGGAUUUGUUUGCGAUGGAGUUGGAAAACAAAAAGACACAACUUGACGGAGAAAUAUUUGAGCUACUCUACACCUUGACGGAUUUUCUUGCAUUCAAAGACAUGGUUCUGGACUAUAAAGCGUUCAAGGAAGGAGCCUAUGAUGAUCUCAGCAGAGGAAUAAGUGUGACUGGCUUGCAAAAGUAA